UUUAUAUUUUGGCAGUAACUCUGCAGCCAUUGUAUAUUCCGGCAAUCGGCGGUCGUCGUAGAGGGAGGAGGCGAGGCCAUGAAGGCGGAAUCAAGCAUGCGGCAACGAGGUGGCGGCGUGGACAAGCUGCAUGGAUGGAACAAGGACUUCCAUUCUAUCCAUGUAGGUGCGUCGACGUCGUUAUCGUCGAACAAGGCCCACCACGUGUCGAACAAAAAGCGAGAAUUCUUCAGCGUACAGUGGAUCAUCGCGCCACUGUUACUGUCAUGGGGCGUGUGGAAUUGCUACAUGGCGCCUCAUUUGCUCAACGUCUUAGCGGCCUUCACAAUCGGAGCACUGAUCUUGCUCUGCAUGGUGUCCUCCGCGACCACAUCAUCAACGUGCAACGACGACAGUUGCAGCGAUGAAGAUAGCAUGCAGCUGCGUAUCGGCAUCAACAUCGUUCCCUCCAUGAACGCAUGGUUUGCGUCCUAUCUAUCGCCGUCAAGUCAAGACACUUUGAUGUCCAACGAACUACAUCCAUUGCGCCUGCAUCGGUCGGCGUCGACGACGUCGACGUUUUCGUCGGACAGUGAACUCGAAUAUACCGUCCGAUGCUCCGAGUCCACGAUCGCAAUCGACGACGACUUUGAUAUGUACCAGGACGAAGUCUUCGAGCGUGAGGACGACGGCAACGACGAAGGUGUCUUGUGGACAGCUCCUGACGCACUCAACAGCUGGAUGGUGGCAUCGCCGGUGCAGUGCCCUCUGGCCCCAGUACUGUCCCAGGUUGCUCCAAGCCCAGUCCAAGUAGCCCCACCAGUUGUCAAAACGCCCAAAGUCACCGAACCCUCAACUUCCACGAAGCGCAAGGUGCGGGAAGAAGCGACAGUUGCGAGUGGACGUGCGGUGUCAACCAAGCGGCUCAUCGUUGCUACCUCACGGAAGCGCGCGCCCAAGUCGUCGUUGUGUCGUUCCCCCGAGAUCCGACGCAUGAUGGAAGAGCUCGAGCGCAUGCAGGACGAGAGCGAUGCGCUGGUCGUAGCGGCGGAAUCCGUCGGCCUUGGCGCCAAAUGCACAAUGAACGAGCGAUUGCGGCGCUUGCACAAUGCGUAAAGCCAAAAAGUACUAGUAGAUAAAACCAAAAUAGUGAGAAUAACGUACAAUGAUAAAACCCAUAAAACGUGGUCAAAACCCGCA